ACUAAAACUGUGCCUUUCACAUUCUUUGGAUGCGUUUGUAUUGCAUGUCUUACUUCUGGAUCGAUUACAUUCGAUUUUUAUUUUUACAUUCACAUUUUAUUUUAUUCAACAAAACGUGGAGGUGUAUCGUUAUUUAUUGUCGUGUAUAGUUUACUGUUACAUGAAAAUAUUCUGUGAUUCAAAUAUGUUCUUUGACGGAAUAGUUUUUAUAAUCAAUAUCAGAUUACCAUUACUAACUGGACCUUUAAAAUCAAGUUGGGAUAUUCAAUUACUGUUUCCGUAGACAUUCAGAAGAUGAUUUAUAUUCAAUAUAAAAUCUAGUGUAUAUUGGAUAGUGUUUAAUCAGACGUUUUUAUGCGGAUUUCACAUUUACAUUUCAUUUGAACCAUUAUCAUGCCCGUUCUUGUCGGAACACCCAGUUUGGUCCUUAUUUCACGUGUUCAGGUUUAUCAGACGUGUUCUGUUGAUCUGGCAUGGCAACGUGCAGUUCAUGCUUGUCAGCGUUGUCCUAAAGCCACGUUAACCACAAAUGCUGUCACACCUUUAAUAAGUCCGUCUGGUGGCGAGCGUGCAACCUCUAGGUUUUGUCCUGCAGGUGUGCACAUGAGUCAUUGUGUUCCAGCAUCAGAGAUAUUUGGUGCUACCAGUAAGUCUAUUCCUACUGGCGCUCAUUCUGUUCUGGCCAAUAAUGAUACUCACGGAGCAGUAUCUCCUGCUCAUUUGUCUUGGGGACCACCAGAUUUACCACUUCCUGCAGCUAGCCCUAAUCACCCUGUACAUGCCGCUCAUAUCGCUAGAUCUUCAUAUCCUCCUGCUUCAUCUCCAACUUCUUCAACCUCAUCUACUCCAGUCAAGACAACCACAUCUACAACUGUUCAUCAUUUUCACCCUGUACAACGUUCAAAACCACUAGAUUCUAAAUUUGGACUGGUUGAAAAGAUUAGUAGUACGGCAUCUGCAACUAUUACUCCGACUUCACCCUCUUCUCCGUCUUUAGCUACUACUGAUAUAACACCAUCAGUCCCACCAGAUGGGAAUAUUGUCGAAAAUCGACUACCAUCAAUUGAGAUUAGUGAAAAAGACAUUGAUUUAGCAAAAUCUGAUAACAAUGAAUCCGAUAAGCCUCAUUUUAAUUUGUCUAUUCAAGAGGCAUUAACAGAUAAAUCUCAUGAUGAUAUAACUGUUUGUGAGAAUAAUUUAUCAUCAUCGCAUACGGAUUCCUUACGAACUGAAUAUAAUAGUGAAAGCUCUGUUGAACAAUCACAUACCGCAAAUGAUGUAACACAUGAAAACAAAUCCAAACAAGAGAAUGGAGUAAUAACUAUUUGUCCAAAAGUUACACCAAACUCUGAAAAUCAACUAAGUGUAGAUAAUGGAACAAAACAUUCAUCCCAGACUAAUAAUACCACUGCUACUAAUAAACUUUUAAAUCAUGAUGCAGACACUGAUGAUAUAAGCAAAAUUAGAACAAAUAAAACAACUCCUCUACGAACAAAUGAUGGGAUUGGAUCAAAACAACACACUCCUACCGUUGCUUCAACACCAUCAGCAUAUAAUUGUCCUGCUGAAAGUAAUAAGCCAGAUGUUGAUGUAGUCGCACAUCAACAAUCUCAUGAUAAUUAUCAUGAAGUUAAUAAACACUAUCGUAUUCAUUCCUCACAAUUGAAAAGUCUUUUUAAUUCUGACGGUGUUCAUGAAGAUGUCACAUCUUUAAUAAGUAAGGCAAAUGUACCUAAUCAUACAGAUUAUACUUAUCCAUCGUCUAUGGAUUCUACUUCAUGUGUGCAAAACAAAGGAUUUGCUAUUCCUUCUUCUCCAACUCGAAUACAUAAAGCAUUGCCAGCAUUUCAUUUCCCACUUGGGACUACUCGAAUGUCUAAUGAGGAAAUUAACACAGAAUUAGAACGUGUUAAACAAGAACUUAACCAAUUUAUUGAUUCAUCACUAAAUUCUGGGAAAUAUUCUGAUCCGUUAAUUUCUCAUUCAUGUUUUGGACAAGUUGCAAAGGUACUUAAUUGUCCACUUUAUUGGAAACAUGCAAUUUAUAUGAAUGCUGGUGGUACACCAGAUCGACAACCAGUCACCUUGUCAAACUUAUUGAAAUCAUGGUCUCAUACACUGAAUACUUGUCCAGAUGAAGCUUCGAAAUUUGUUCAUCUACUUACACGUGGACGAGCUACCUUUUUAGUACAAUCUGAUUUUAAUACACUCAUACAAGACAUUUUAGAGAGUCAUCCUGGCUUAGCGUUUUUAGAAGCAGCGAAAGAUUUUCAUUCCCGUUAUGUGGCAACCGUUGUAGCACGUAUCUUCUUCAAUGUGAAUAUUUCAUGGUCUGGUCGUAUUUCUUUAGGUGAAUUGAGACGAAGUAAUUUUCUUCCUGUGUUAGCCAGUCUUGAAAAUGAAGAUGAUAUUAAUUUGGUGACACAAUAUUUUUCUUAUGAACAUUUCUAUGUUAUUUAUUGUAAAUUCUGGGAGCUAGACGAAGAUCAUGAUUUGAUCAUCAGUCGAAGUGAUUUAGCACGACACAAUAAUUAUGCUAUCUCAGAACGUAUGAUAGACCGAAUAUUUAGUGGAGCUGUAACAAGAGGAACAGCUUUUAAAGAAGGUGUUAUGACUUAUCCAGAUUUUGUUUGGUUUCUAUUGGCUGAAGAAGAUAAACAUCAUCCUCGGAGUAUUGAAUAUUGGUUUCGAUGUAUGGAUCUAGACGGUGAUGGUCUGUUGUCAAUGUAUGAAUUAGAAUAUUUCUACUCGGAACAAUUAGCUCGAAUGGAAGAAAUGGGGAUUGAACCUAUAUCAUUUGAAGAUUGUUUAUGUCAAUGUUUGGAUAUGGUGAAACCAGCACUUACAGAUAAAAUUCGACUAUCAGAUAUGAAACAAUGUCGUCUAUGUCAUAUAUUUUUUGAUACAUUCUUUAAUUUACCAAAAUAUUUACAACAUGAACAACGUGAUCCAUUUGCUAAUUUACGUGAUAUUGAAGAAGGACUCAAUGAACUAUCUGACUGGGAUCGUUAUGCAGCUGAAACCUAUGAAAUGUUAGUCAAUGUUGAAGGUGGUGGUAAUCCAGAUGAUGGAGUUGAUGAUGAUGAAGACGAUGACGAGGAGGAGGAUGAAGAAGAGGAACAAGGUGGAGCUGUAGGUGAUGAAGGAACUGGGAGUAAUCAACAACAGAAAAACAACGAUAGUAACAAUGUAACUUCUCCCACUUCAACUGUUAUUUCAUUAGUAAAUAAAAAUGAUAAAAUCAAUCGAAAAGAUAAUGUUGGAUCAUGUGGAUUGGCUAAUAAACUUGAGUCUAUCGGUAAUAGUGAAUUGAUCAAAUUGGAGUCAACUGUUGGAGCUGGGGAGUGAGUGAGUCGUCUACACUUAUGAGUUAAAGUUUGGGAAUUGGAAUUGAUAAAAAACAAAAACAAACCAGCAUUUCUAUGGGAAGUUGGGAUAUAUCACCACAUCAAUUGAAUUUCUACCCGACCUUAUCAGUCAGCAAAUAAUUUUUAAUAACCGAGUGACCAGUAAAUAUUUGUGUACAAUUGAGGGGGGAUGUUCCAUUUAAGUUUUUCUCAUUUUGUACAAAAAAGGCAUAUACAUUCACUUUUUCCAUCGUUUAAUAUGUUCUCCACAUCCAGCUCUUAAUUGUCCUUUUUUUAUUGACUAUCGUUUUCGGUUGGCUUCAUAGCAUGCUCAAUUUCUUUAAGAUAUUUUAGUCUCCACAGUCCUAUAUAUCUUAUUGUAAUUUUUUCUAUGUGUCUGUGAUAACACCUUCAUUUUUAAGGAGAAUUUAAUCUCUUCAACGUUGAUUUAAGAUUGCCAACAAAUUCUUUCAGUUCUGUUAAUUUAAAACUUUUUACAUUCGAUGUUAGUGAUCAGAUUGUCGUCUUCGAUUCUCUAUCGUUUUCUGUUCCCUAAGAUUUUGAAUAUGUGUAUACUUUUAAUCUUGGUGAUUGUAUGUAUUAACGAUUAAGAAAUUCAAACUAGGGGUGACGAGAAUGUUGUAUCACGUUUACAUGUGACACUGAUUCUAUAACAACAACAGCGACUGGAAAAUAACAGAGUUUAUCAUGUUCGUAUUUAAAACAUAUGUAUUCACCAUAAUCAUCUACCUGCAGAUUUCAUGAUAUCAUUAACAUCGUGAAUAGUGUUACUACCUAAGAUGGACAAUUGUGGAUAAAAAUGACAAUCGUAUUCGGUUCCGCGUGUACAAUAUACAAAUAAACGCACAUAUACCAAUAUGUUGUAGUAUACGGAUACUAAAUAUUCAACUUCUCUUUACAUUACUUUCUUCAACUGUGUUCACAAUACUUACAAUUUCGUCAUCGUUAUUGUCUGAAUAAUUUUGAUCUCUAUUCGAAUUAACUAAUUGCUAUUCGUAAAAAACUGAAGUUUAGCCAAAAACCAGAAUCGUUUGAAACAUAAAUGUUUGUGCCUUGAAUAGACACUGUCUUCCUGAUUUUCUUUUCUCUCCAAAAGUGAAUUCAAGUAUUCCUUUACUUUCUUGGCUCGUUAUUUGUCUACUCAUCGCAAAGCAGACACGUACAUCGUAAAUAAAUCUGAGAAGUUACCUUUUUUGUAUUUUGAAGUAUAUAAACUGUUAUUAUUCGUAUUUACUAUUAUUAUCAUAAGCCCAUGACCCAAUUUUCCUAUCAGACUUCUUCACAAAAUUAUUAAAUUAAUUUUUCAGUGCUUUCAUCUUUGAGAAAGUAAAUAUACUGAAACGUUUGUUUACUUAUUUGUUUGUUUUUCCGCACUGGUUGGUUACACACUUAUUAUUCAUACGGAUUGUUAUAAAUAAUACAGUAGCGAUGAAAUUUGGUUAUAUAAUAGUCAAUAAUAGACAAAAGGGGAGAGGAUACGUGGAAUUUCCAGCGAUUCCAAAUAAUUUUUCAGUGAAGUCACACGAAAUCAGCGAAAAACGUUGACUGAUCGAUUUCUAUGGAAAUAUCUAAGAAAAUAACACCUUACUUUUCUUAAACCUGAUUGCACGAUUAUCAGAUUUUACUAUUAACUUCGAUGUCUUUCCUCGAAUUUUCCCUGACCUUGAAAUCACCUCUGGCCCUAUACAUACCCGAUAAUGAAAUCAUAAAGCUGAAAUUGCUACAAAAACAUGCCCUCGACUAAUUCUGGGCAAGAAAGUCAAGAUGAUGGAGUCCAGCAUAGUUGCCCUCAAAUGACCUGGUACGGCCGAGGGUGGGGAGUCAGUUCUCUCUCUCGAAACGUUCUCACAUGACCACGUGCAUACACCCACUGCUAGUAAAAUAAACAAAAAAUAAAAGGAAUAGGAAAUCUCCCAUAUAAAUUUCCCGAUAUCAGUUGAAGUAGAAUGUUUGCAACUGUAAAAAAGCGACACCACAGAAAUGAUCACAUUUUAGAUCUAAAAGAAAAAUUCACGGGAAUAUAAAUCCCCUACUGAAUAUUUCGUUAAAACACAAAAUAGAUGACCUAAACAGCUUAAUCAAAAACGUCACAUUGAACACGAAUGGGACGUUGAGCCAACAGUAACUCCAGAAACAUGCAAAAUUAUAUAAUUGCAUAAAUACUCGUACAAAAGAUGCAAAAAGACAUUACCUGCUUUAAGAAGCCAUAAUCAAUCAUGUGGCCUACAGCGUCCAGGCUGAAAGGAAACCCAAAGGCACAAAGAGCGAAAAUGGGUAUUGCGCCCCGUUAGUUGUGUCGUGUUUCAAUGUCUUCCCAGGACAGCCAAUCGGACGUGGAUGGAAGGGGCUGAAGAUUACCGAUUUACGAGUAAACAGCGGAGUGCUUUGCCCCUUAUGCAAAUACUUCACAACAUAUCGUGUAUAGUGUAUUUAGUACAAGCCAGUGGGUAAUUUCUUAAUAGUAUUACCAACACACAUCAAUAAUAUGACUCAAAGCCAAGUGCAUAAACCGGUAAUGCUUAGAAAACGAAUUUCGAAACAUAUUACACAAGAGGUGCAUACCUAUACUGAUAAUAUGGACCAGACGAUAGAUAAGUGGUCAUCCCAUCACUGAAACAAAAGUAGUAAAACUCAAUAUUCUCCUACGAUUCCAGAGAAAGGUAUAGUUAUUUACCGAAGAAAUGGUUGUAAUUGGCUUUAAAAGGGAUUUAGCUAAGUAUUGAAUACAUUUUCCAAUUGAAAAUAUUUAAUAAGAUGUAAAAAACUUGUUCAUAGUCGAAUGGAAAUUUAUUUGUGAGUACAUAGAUGACGAAAUUACCACACUGACAUGAUUAAUUUUUAAUAUUGUAAUGUGACAAUGCAAGAUCCCGAAGUACAAGGGGAACAUCAAUCCAAUCACACUUGAUGGAGAAACUCUGGAAGAGGUAGGAACUUUCUCGUACCUGGUCAUCAUAAUCGAUGAACAUAGGAGAGGCAAGGAUUGGCAAAAUAAGGGCAGCAUUCCUACAGUUGGAGAACAUAUGAAACCAAAAACAACUGUCAAACAAUAUCAAAAUCAGAAUCUUCAGUACGAACGUCUAAACAGUUUUACUGUAUGGAGCUGAAACUUGGAAAACUACCACAACCAUCAAAAAAUGUACAACUAUUUACAAACAGAUGUCUACCCAAGACACUCAAUAUCCGAUUGCCAGAUACCAUCACUAACAGCCUACUGUGGGAGAGAAAUCAGCUUCCAGCUCAGGAGGAAACUGAUAGAGACGUUGGAAGUGGAUAGGAUACAUAUUGUGGAAAUCACCCAACUGCAUCACGAAACAAGCGCUAACCUGGGAUCCUGAAGGGAAACGGAAGAGAAACGCCAAGGAACAUAUUGUGUCGGGGAUUCGAAGAAGAAAUCAAAAGAAUGAAUAGCAUCUGGAAAGGAUUGUCCAGGACAGAGUUGGUUGAAGACUGCUGGUGGGCGGUCUGAGCUCAUCCAUGAGGGGUAACAGGCGUAAGUAAGUAAUGUGACAAUUAAGUUUCUCGGACUUAUGUAAUUAUCAAUAACUCAUUAAGUUCACUUGACUAAUACUAAAUUUCAUAUUAUAGUAACCAUUAUAUCAAAUUAUUGAUAGCAAAAAAGCCAAGUUGUUAACAUUAUUUUAAUUGAUAAGAAUGUCAAAACAUCACAAAUAAAAAAGGUGGAACCAAAAUAAAG